ACAAGCUUCCUGGGACUGGGCUGAGUGUAGAUGACCGCACCAGGGCCCUGCAGUCCCACCGGGAUGGACCAGCUCAGUGCCCUGGAUUGGAGCCCCCUGAGCUUACAAUGGCCGGUCCAAGACGAGAUGCCCAUCGUCAAAUACCCCCGAAGAGUCGACCCCCUUUGGCACGAAUGGGAUCGGAAGGCGCAGAAGUGCGGGUUGAGGCACACAGUUUACGCUGUCAACGGAGACCGUUAUAUCGGAGAAUGGCUGGACAACGUCAAACAGGGCAAAGGAACACAAAUAUGGAAAAAAUCCGGAGCGAUCUACAGCGGAGACUGGAAAUUCGGAAAACGGGACGGCUUCGGGACUUACAGUAUUCCGGACCCCGUGACAAAAGAUUAUAAGAAAGUAUAUUCCGGCUGGUGGAAAAAUGACAAAAUGUGGGGCUACGGAGUGAAGUUCUACUCCGAGGGAGAGUAUUUUGAAGGCGAAUGGGCCUGGGGGAAGCGACACGGCUGGGGGCGGAUGUACUACAAAGACGGGGCCAUCUACGAAGGCCAGUGGUCCGAAGACAAACCCGGAGGCCAAGGGAUGUUCCGCCUUAAAAAUGAAAACCGCUACGAAGGCUCAUGGAAAGAUGGAAAGAAGCACGGUCCGGGAAAGUUUAUCUACCUAGACACCGGCCAAGUCUACGAUGGCUACUGGGUGGCAGACAUACCGAAGUGUGGCACCAUGAUUGAUUUUGGCCGGGAUGAAGCUCCAGUGCCCACUCAAUAUCCCAUCCCCAAGGUUGAACUGGCUGAUCCAGAUGGAGUCUUAGAAGAAGCUGUUCUGAUAUUACAGAACGCCGAACUAUUCACGUCUCAGCCUCAGAAAGAACGGGGAUGACUCAAAUACUGCAGAUAUUUCUCUGGCCAAGGUUGCUUUUUAACAGAAAGGUCUCUGAUGGAUGCUAUUCCUUGGAAUAUAUUACCCUGGCUGUCUUUUGGCCUUUUCCUUGUUUUUUUUUUUUUUCCUUCUUCCUUCCUUAAGAGGGGUAGUUUAGCAGCUGAAACGGAGGGAUGGAUAGGAGACCAAGCGGAGAUUCUCGGCUAAUUGAACCCCAAUGGAUCCUGGAUCGAUUAUGACCGUAAAGGAGUGCAGACAGUUGUGCACUUAUGACAGUUGGAACUAGAAUUUCCACGGCUAAGCAAAGCCACAGUUAAGAGAUUCACGCCUGAUUUUCUGGCCUCUUUUGCCACGGUUGUGGAAUGAAGCACGGCAGCCAUUAACUGAAUCAUGCAGUUGUUAAGCAAAUCUGGAUUUCCCCAUCGACGUUGCUUGUUGGAAGCAGGCCUGGAAAGUCUCAAAUGGGGAUUAUGUGACUCUGGGAUGGUACAACCAUUUUAAAUACCUGUUGGUUGCCAAGCCGCUGAAUUUUGAUUAUAUGGAGAUUCUGCAAUGGUAAUAACUCUGAGGAUCGGUCGUAAGUCACUUUUCUCAGUAGCAUUGUAAAAACUGUUCAACAUAUAUUCCAAGCCACAAUUCCAAGAGCCUU